AUGGGGGGUGGUAAUUUUUCGCCAACCGGGAGAUCAAUCUCGAGGAUACAGCUCGGGAACGACCCGGACCUUGCGCUCGGCAAUAGCGCCGAACAGAUAUUCUCUGGCAUCGUUCGACUGCACAAAUGCAGCAUCCACCAGGAGCUGAAAGAGGAAUUCGGGCCCGCGGUGGAGACGCUGCUCAUAUUCGUGGUGGUCGACAGCGUGAGCAGGCACGCCCUCCAAAGUUUCAAGGGGGCCUUCUCAGCCCGCGCGGAGAUAAACCGUCAGGCGUCCGCUGCCGGCAGGCCUCGCCCCAAGUUCCUACCCUCUGCCGCCGCAGUCGCUGCCGCUGCCGCCACCGCCGCCGCCGCCGCCGCCACUGCCGCCACUGCCACCAACCUCGAGGCCGAACGCCCGAUGGUCUACCAAAACCACCAACAGCAACGGAUCCGAAAGGAGCUGCAAAACCAUCACCAUCACCGCCACCAGUCGGGUCUCGGCGUCGUGAGGAAGGCCGCAGCUGCGCAGCGAGCGGCGGUGGUUGGCUCGAAGCCACGGAGAGCGACUGCGUCGCCAUCGAAAGCGAAGGCGGUGAAGGCACCAAGGCUCUACAGAACGAAAUCGGCUGGGAGUGGUGGCCACGGCAGCGGCGGUAGCAGUAGCGGCGGCUCCACCCCUAGGGAAACCGGUCGCUAUCGGGGGGCUGGGGAAGGCGGGGGCUGGAACACCGUGAGGCCACCGGAGGAGGAUAGGAAGGGGCUGCUCAAGCUGCCGUGGGACGGCCUAGAUGUGGUCAGCGAACAAGCCAAGCUCGUUACCGACGCCAGGGUGCAGCUCAUCGAAGAGCGUCGGUUUCGGCCCAGCUUUGUGCCCCCGCUCUCCCCCCGAGACUACCAAUAUUCUUCCGGAACCGGCGGCGAUUCCACCGAAGAACCUGGGUCCCCUCAGGGCCACGACGACUCGGAGGAGGCUCAAGAAGACGCCGAGGCUGCUGCCCGGUGGCGGGAGAAGCAGCCUUGGUUUGCUAGGAACGUUGUCGAUCACAGGUCGGCGUGGUGCGGCCUGAGGGACGCCGGAGCACGCGCGGGGAUGCGGAAGGUGUUGCAGCCCCGCCCCUGGGGCGAUGCGCUUGCUCCCUCCGGAGGUGGCCAGGAGGCCGCCAAUAGCCAAGUCUUGGAGGCUUACCUUAAGCGCGUCCUGACCGAACUAUCGGUGGUGGCCUACCAGCGGCGGGGAGGGUUGUCAGAAGAAUUGCUUCAAGGUCUCGAGGAGCGAAUGGAAGACCCGCGGUCACCGGGCUCCGCGCUCAUCCUGUACGAGGGAUUGGUGCCUCGUUUCCGGCGCUACCAGCCCGGAGGAAGUUCAACGACGAUCACUACGGGGGCACCGGCUGCAGCAGUGGCUACGACAACCGAGGACCCUCGUGAGGUACUGCGGCGUCAAGAGGAGGCCCACAGACGGUCAUGCCUGAAGAGGGAGGCCGGCUGGGAGGCGAGGGUCGCGGAGGUGAUGGCGGCCGCACAUGGGGGGAGGAAAUCGCGGAACAAGCGCAGGUCGCUUACGAACGCGCCCUCGAGGAGGGUAGGCGUGGAGUCUCUGUCGGCGUGGUCCGAGUCCGGCUGGCUGUCGAGGGAACAGGUGGCGGCGAACGAGUUCGCGAGGCGGGUGGGCGUCAAGAGGGGGGUGGGGCUUUCGAUGCCGGCCUCCGCGGAGUGGAGGCGAAAGAAGCGGAUGGCAGAGGCGGCCGAAGCGAGGGGUCGUGGAGGCGGUGGCGGCGGUGGCAGCGGUGGUCGCUACACGAUGGAAGGGAGCGGGCAGCAGCAGCAGCAGCAGCAGGAGGAGGAGGAGGAGGAGGAGGAGGAGGAGGAGGAGGACCAGAUGGAGCUCGAGGAAUGUGAUGAAAGCCGGCUUUCUGUAGACGGCGGAGGACUAGAUGCCCGUUCGUCAGUGGUGGGAGUAGGGCGCGAAGGGGCGGGCGAGAAGCGUAAAAGACACAGGACGGGCAACGACAUGGCCCACCAAAGCGACGACGACGGCAGCCGCAAGAGCCGGUCGGGCGCCGGCGAGGACGAACAGGCCCGGACCUUAGUGCGCGACGUACGGCGGCGGUUUCACAGGUUCGGCGGCACCAUCCCGGCGGCGCCCGGCGGCCGCAUCGAGAUCAACAACGCCGACCUCACCGAACACCUCCGGGCGGUUAUGCCGACCUGCAGCAGGGAGAGCUGGGAACUACUCUCCGGACUGAAGACGCGCCUGGCCUCCCAGAGGCGGCGUGCAGCAGACUCAGGAUGGUAA